AUGGAGCUAAGGCAGCUCAAGCCGUGGCCAUCCAAGUGUGCCACAACCACGAUGAAGGGUAGCAGUCCCUUGAGGCUUCGCGCAAACUCGCCGACAACGACCUCUACUUCGCCGGCGACUACGUCGGCAGCCACUGCAGCAUCCAUGAGCGUGUUGUACUCGGUGCUCCUGCGCACUAGCGUGUUACGAAGCUCUGUAGUCAAGAACCCCGCUGAGCAUUCACUCCAUUCACACUCUCGUGCUGACAUGGACUGGUCAGUGAGAGAGGCAGUCCGCACCGAGGUAGAGAGGCUUCUUCCAUACCGCGGCGUCACUUUCGAGUCCGCCGGCGUAGCUGAUUCAGACAAGAGGACCCCGGCGCAGUCCUUCCUGGGGUCCGCUGCUAAGGGCGAGAAAGGAGAGCGGAGUGGGUGCUGUAGCUCUCAUGUAGCGAGUGCGAAGGCUUUUUGCCAUGCUUCUGAACCCAAUGGCCACAACCCACGCGCAUCUGUGCCUUCGACAACCACUUCAGUGGCUGUCACCGACGCACCCUCAUCAUUGGUAACGAGAGAGAGGUCGAGUCUUGUUUCACAAGGGUUGUCCAUUGGACCAAGGGUAGUUAUUAAAAGACUUCCGAGGAGGAAAGCACGUGCUGCCGCGGCGGCAGCUCCUGCGCCUACCGCUUCCAAACUAGACUCCACUGAAGCACCGGAACAUCUUUCCGCCUCUCCGUUUGCAGGCAACUGCAACAGAGGUGAUUGCGUUACCCGAGAAGAGGAGGCGAGUUCAUGCACAGCACCAAGCGACAUCACAGGUAAUACCAGGAGCUCCACUGUAGUGUUAGCGGCGCAGCUGCCAGACAUACAGCGGCACCUUGACCGACUCUUCGACGAUUUUUCCGCAGCGGUGGAGCAGUGCCGCGUUACUUUGGACCAGCAACAGCUACAAAGCGGUUCUCUAGCUCUGUGGAAGACAGCGAGGAAGAAGAGAAAUGCCAGCCCCGACGAGCCAUCUGCGUCGUGGCCGAGAGCAGAGGUUUCCUCUUCCCGGCAUCCGCAACCACCCCCACACACCACCCCCACCUGCCAUCGGCGCGACAACCCAACCAUUCCAGUCACCGAUGUCUUGCCCUGCCACAACAGCCACCGCCCUGUGUCUGACCUUCCCUCUCCCGACUACAUUUUAGAUGAGCAGGGGCACAGUCACGGCACUGCGACCGCAACCAACGAGAACGGCUGCGCGUUUUAUACGCUAAGUCCCAGCACUGAAUCAUCGCGAAUAGUGGAUGGCUCUGCGGAGCAGAUAACACCGUCCCUAGAGAUAGAGGACUUGCCACGCGGCAUUGUUAUCAUUGCCCACGCCAUCGCAGAGCACCUGAAUGCUAUUCUGCAUCCAACCCCAGAAGUAGCCGCUCUGGGGGAGGAGGCGGCGGCGGCGCUUCCCGACCAGGGCCGUGGGGGUAGAGGCGGUAGCAGUGAGCUAACUGCCCUACUCGCGGUGCCGACAACCGCAUGUCGAGGGAGUCACGCUGGGCGGACGGGAGAGAGCAGAGGGCCAGCAAGUCCUGUGUCUUUUGCCUUCCCGUCCACCUCACCAGCUUCAUGUCCCAGCAGAGUAUUUCAGUCGCUGCCAGGUAGCAGCUUGACAUCACCCGCACUACGGGAGCUUCAACAGCUGGUGCAUAAUCGUUUGUGGUUGCGUAUCACAACAUUUCUGAGCAGCGUCUCUCUCAAUACGCCGGGCGACGACUGCUCAAUGCCGCAGCCGACGGCUCCCGUUGAGCAGCGCGAGGCGUGCGCGUACGCGCAACUGCCGUUCUGGAUUUGGCUGUACGCCGCGUGCGGGCUGGCAACGGAUGUGAUCCACGCGCAGCAAGAGGCUCAGAGCGCGCUUGUAACGCCGGGAAAAGUCGAAAAACUUCGCCAAAGACUAAUACCACCGUCUUCGACCACGAGUGUGCAACCGUCGCUGUCACUGUCACAGCUCUUGCCAAUGGUAGAGACAUUGGCGCGCCAGCUGCAGCGACGUGAGUACGAGCGCGUUCAGCCCAUGGAAGAGACUCUGCUCACGGCCAACACGUUUCUCUCUUUUGCCGGCGUGCAGAUGACAGACAGGGCCGUCAUGAAGCGCUUGUUCCCUCUGCAGAGCAGUGCGGCUGACAGCGAUGCCCUAGGAUUUGCCGCGCUGUUGCCCCACUCAGCGCGAUGUACCACCCACGGGACAAGUGCGACAACGGAGUCCUCCUCUGGGAAUGCGAUAGCGGGCAUCUUUGACGCUGCUGCUACACCCUCUCCCAUCAACAUCAUGUCGCCCAAUAGGCUGAUCUCGGCGGACCACACCAUGUCGACUUUCGUCAUCACAGAGCCUAUCGUAGACCGAAGCAGCAGUGGCGGCAGUGUGGCACGAGGAAGCUCUCUACACCGAGGUCAGGGCGCCAACGGCGACAUCGGCAACAUGGCUGCGUCUGCGACUGGGGAGGAAGCACAGCAGAUGUACAGCGGCAGAUAUUCUUGCCCAUCAACGGUGGAGCUGUACUUGCAAUGGUUGGAGAGCGCCGAUUCGGCGGGGUUUUCAGCAUUUGUGCCACCGAGUGAAGCGGAGCAAAGUCCCGAUCGUGCUGGCGCGGAAGCCCAUACAGCUGGCGGGACUGCUGCCUCUUUGCGUGACUCACCGCCGCCGUGCCGGUCAGACACCAUCGCCUACACACAAGUUAAUGCAUCGCUAAUGGCGGAAGAAGGUCAAUUCGACGAUCGCAACGGGAGCAUUGCAAGGGAGGACAGCAGCCGUGGGAAAGGCAGAAGCAGCAGCGAUGGCUCGAGCAUCUGCGCGACGCAGCAGCGGGCGAGCGAACUCUUCCAGGUGGCAGCUGUGAUGCCGUCGGCCGACCUGGCCCCGUGCCUGAGGCGGGCCGAAAAGGAGCUGUACCAGGCUCGCUCUGCUGUACAGUUUGCUCGCAAGUUGGGCACCUUGUACGCGACGCAGGACAUGAACACACUACUGCCACUGCUCCCCGCUGUGGCACGGGGGGAGCCCAUGUCUCCCAACUCCAACCUCUUUUCUGCACGCUCGGACGGCGGACCUAUGGAAGACCUUGGAGGUACGCUUCCUCCCCGCGGAAGCACAGACGGUACCGGCACCCCUGCAUCGCCAGAAGCACUGGACGGCGGCGUUUAUCUGCAGUCCACGUGGACGGACACCCCCACGACGAGUAAUCCGAUGACAGGAGGCUUGCCUUCCCUCGUUGUGCCGCCGUCUCAGGCUGUCACGGAUCGGGUGUCCGGCAGACACGACCCCUUCUCCUUUCACCGUGUCAUCGCAGAGGCAACAUCUCCGACGCUAUUCCCCUCUGUCACGUCGCCAUCAAUGGAGCAAAGGUUUCUGAUGGAGCACCUUAACUCAUGCGCGGCUGCUAUUGCUCCCAGCAGUGACCAGCUCUUUCUGGACACCACUCGCGCGCUUGAGGUGGCUUUUUCUCUUGCAGUGGUAUUGCUUUCUCAUGUGAUGGGUGAGGCGGCACCGAAGGGACAAGCUGCGUGUGGGGAGCGGACGGCUCCUGUUGCCAGCACCGGCGACAGCAGUGCGUCAGCUGUAUCAGCCAAGACCAAGACGGCGACAGUCACUGCGGUGGUGGUGAAGCAGCACCCAUCGAAAGUUGCUGCCGCCGCGCCGUCUGACAAGUCGGAAGGGAACGCUGCCACGACGACCAUGGCGGCGCCUCCGCCACCUCGACCCCUAUCUAUGGACCUCGCCAAUGUGUUUGGCUUCGGCAGCAGUGGUUUUCGAUGGCAGCAUCUCUCCGCCUAUGUCCGCGAAACCUUGAUCAGCGUCGCCCUGCGCACACUCCAGAGAAAGGACGCUGUUAUGACGCAGGAGCUGUUACAAUAUAUCGCCCUUGACACAGCGAUUGCGCAUCACUAUGCUCAGGUGCGCCGACAUCAUCCUGUGCCCACACUGGGGCUGGCCAAAGGUGCGGGGCGGGCUCUGAAAAAGAGUUGUGACAUUUCCAAAGCAGCGGGGCCUCAAGUCACCGAUUUUUCCAUGUCCCCCCCUGAAAGCCCGGCCAACUUUGUGAAUGUCUGGUUCAGCAGCUUUGCCAACCUUGCGGACACCACCACGCACCUGCUUCAGUCCGAUCACAGAACACCGAGCUCUCUGAAGGGGGCGGUGUGGCAUCUGGCGGGACUGGCGCAGUACUUUCUGGUGACGCGUGCGCGCGGCUAUGCCAUGUACGGCGGCCAAAGCCAUCUUUGCCCAACAACCCUGUCUGGCUGCGGCAGUGGCAAUGCUGUAGGCAUUGACGUGAGGACCUCAUUGGUGCCCUCGAGCGCUGCUUUGCAGAGUUUCAUCGCCUCACAGCUGGUGGAUCCUGCUGGGAGGGUGUUUGGUGUCAUUGUGUCAUUCAUGGAUAGCGUCUGCCAAGCGUUGUCGGUUGAAAUUGAGAGCGGCGGUGCGGCAGGACGGCAGUAUAGCGAGGGUGUGAUGUUUACCGGUGACUCAAGUGACGACGAAAGCUCUCUCAUGUGCCCCACGGUGGACGGCUCUGUCUACCUGGGAAGCGCAGGCGAGUCUGCGAACCUGUGCAGCAGCGACGGUGGUGUUUAUGGUAUGGACUCCAACCGCCCAGAGAUAUUUGACUUUCAGGCAUGCUGGAUGGAGCUGGCCAUUCAUUACUUCUUUGAGAUCGUCGAUGUUCUCCUUGACGCUGCAUUGCAUCUUCCACAGAAGCCGCUCUACCUGUACCAGCUGAUAGUGAGCGCUUCCUACAUGGCGGGUCCGUCGGGCGACUUCACGGACAGCUUGGCCAUAGCUGGCUUGGCGGGAGGCGGUGGGUCGCCGCCGCUGUGGGGCCAUAGCGAUCUGUCCGUCUCGGUAGUCCUCACUGCGCCGCAGGUCGUGGCAGACUCACCGCUGGGCCGCGUGCAAGAGUUUCUCAGCAUGUACACGUCGAUGGUGCUACAGUCUGCGGUGACCCACUUCACCGUAGAUGGCAGACUUGCUCAGUCUCAAACUGACACAACUCAUGGGACACCAUUGAACACCGCAAAAGCGGCAGGAGGGGUGUCGGAGGACAAUUCCUCGCACAUCUUUUGGGAGCGAUUGUUGAGCUCAUUGGCUGCAUCUGCACACUCUGCCGCACUUGGCGAGGUUCCACCUGCAAUGUGGCAACCGCCGCUCUCUGCCUGGACUCCUAGUAGCGCGGCCGCAGCCAAUGCUGCAGUAUGUUCAGAGGCGCCCGGCGACAGCUCAUACAUGCCGAACACUAUGUGGUGGCCAAAUGCGCGAUUUCAGCGCUACUCUCACCUUAUUCGUAUUGUCGAGCACGCGCAACUAGUGAGCUUGUACAUGAGCUCGUCUGCGGGAAAUGAUCCGGCGCCGACGGCGCCAAAUGUGUCGCAUCUAGAGUCCCCUCGUGCUCCUCGUGAUGGCGCGCUCAUGCUGCAGGUGAACCCCAUUACUGCCCUCCUCAACACAUCCACGGGUCCGUGCGCGCAGCUGUUGUCUAUUUCAUAUGCCUGUCCGCCUUUGGCUGUUGACACCAGCGGCAGUAGCCUUGUUCCUGGCAGUGCUCGCACAACGUUGCGCGAGCGUCACUGGUUCUCAUGCAGCGGGUCGCCUGUUGAUCAACUACCAGGCCGCUUUCCCCCCAUCGCUAAUCGACGGGUGCUGACAGACCGCGUGAUGCGCGAAGUGUGCGGUGGGCUAUGGAUUCGUGUAGAGGUGCUACGCCUUCUGCGCAUUGCGGCCGCGCCAAUGGACGUGACCACCUUUGCGAGCUUCACCACGGCAGCGACAGAUGUUGCAGUCCAGGUACAAGAUAAGACCAUGCAGACUCACUACAAGGCUAUUGCCUCGAUGAAGGCUGGCACCGAGUCGGUGUUGCCCAAAACGUACGCGUCCACGUACGUGCGGCUGCUGUUCCUGCGGUACGUGCAGGCUUUCUACACGGACAUGCAGGCGCUUAGCGCUAGCGGACCUACGACGGCGCCAGACCACACGCCGAGCGAGCAUGUGGAGUGCCUGAGUAACAUGAUUUCGCACGUCAGCAGCCGCGGCGAUUCCACGCCGUGUCGCACACUUGGGUCACCGCUAAUGCGUUCUCCUGCGACCCCGUUCCAGCACCUGACUCAGCGCCUGUGGAUGCACUACUGCCAUCACUUGUUGUGGGUGUUACGAGAGCUGUGCUGGAGCUGCGCUGAGGCUCACGAGACGGCAGCCAACCUGUCCGUCGCCUCUGUGUUUGGGCGGCUGCUGCAAAUGAUUAGCGGGCGAGGAGAGCUCGAGGAAGACGAGGAAAUCGACGGCUGUGACAACGAGUCGGUGGAAGGACUGCUAGAUGCCCAGUAUCGGAACUCAAAGAGCGUGGGGAUGUCGCUCAUUACGUUCAACCGGUCGGUAGCGCCGUACUCCGCUGUGGAGGGCAGCGGGAUGGAGGGCUUCGUCGACUUCGAGCUGUCCUCACCGGACAGCUCAGUGACGGUGGUUCCAGAGUUGAGCGAGGGCUGCAAGCGACCGCCGAGACCGCAGCAAGACUCGCCGUCUUCAGUCGACUCUGAGCGUCGACGAGAGCCGUCGUGGAACGCUCUGCAGUCUCCUGUCUCGGAUGCCUCCACGAAGGCGGAGGGGGUGGCGGUAAACAUAUCAGACCUGGCGUCGGUGCGCGACCUCAGUGAGCGGCGACGACUAGGACUUAACCCCCACUCCAUCACUGGAGGCGGCGAGGCAGCGAUGGGGAGUGUGACACCGCUCGCCAUCUCAAGCACGUCCGUGCCAGCUCCGCCUCGAUCACCCGUCACGGGUCCUCCUGUGGUGCUGCAGCUGCCUCUUACUGGGCUGAAACCGCCUCUGUACUUCACCAGCUCAGGCGACACGGCUGCCGCUCAGGAGAACGACUUCUACAAGGAGCAGUCGAAGCAGCGGCAGAUUUCUGGAGAAACUGCGGAGCGCUUCCUCAACACCACAAGUGUCUCCGUGGUGGACGUAGCCACGUACACAUCGCACGACCACGAGGACGAGGAUGAUGGCGAAUGCAACGUGGAGUACGAGGCCUGCUUUGGUACUCAAGUGAGCACAUUUAAGCACACGCUGCCCAGGUCAGCCUCACCGGAAAGUUGCGUGAGUUGCACCACAGCGAGCGCAAAUACUCACUCCGCCUCCAGCGGCGACGUGCCGAAGCCGCCCGCGUUGACGGUACCCAAGCUUUCUCUCCGAGCUCUCAGCCCCCCGCUGUACUUCACCUCCACCGGUGACACUGGUGUUUUUGCGGAGAGGACGAUGAGCACGUCUCUCCUGGGUCCGCAAGCCCCAAUGUUUCCGUCGUCUCAGCCGACACCAGGGGCACCAGCUGCGUCUGAGACGGCGAAGGUGUCAACUCUUCUGCCACAAUCGCCACUCCCUGUGCCUGUGCUGCUCACUUCCACACCAACCACUGUUGGUGGCGUUGUCCUUCCUAAGCUGUCGUUUAGUUCUCUAAACCCGCCAAUGUACUUCACCUCCACCGGCGACACCGGCGGCUUCGUUGAGGCGCAGAACCAGAAACCCCAGACUGCGACCGGUGCCGACGCAAUCACACAGUUUCAUGCUGACCCGACUUGCCUGCACGCUGGGUUGGCGGCGCAGGGCACAGCUUGCGGCGGAAAGGUCGACACUGCCAGCGCUAGCGUAGCCGCUUCCACUGUUUCGAAUGGCCCAAGCGCCGCAACGGCCGCCGCUCACCUCGAUGAGCGACUGUCCUCGGAUGAAUUGAACCCAGGUUUUAUCUUCUCCGAUUUCGCUGGCUUUGCGCCAACAGGUGGGAAUGCCAGCGGUGGCAGAAAUGAUAGUGACGAGUGUAGAGGCUGUGCCGAUUGCGUGGGUAAACAGAAUGCGAAGGAGCGGUGUGCGGCGCGGCGACAUGGUGGCUGUGGGUUGUCGCUGAACUCCUCUACCGUGCCCGAGGUUGACUCGCUCUCACUGCGUACCGACCAGCGGCGUCGCAGGCGAGUGCCUCGCACAUCUCGUUCUGUCCUAGCACCGAUAGUGGCUCCAGCGGUGACGAUGGAACUCAUUUUGUCCAUCUGCUCUAUCAUUCUUCAGCAAGACAGCGGUAUGAUUCAGUAUGUCUACACCGUGUCCUCGCUCACGCAGAAGCGUGUGUUGCCGGGCAUGUCGUCGUCCUCGCAGCGGCGCCGGCACACGGGCAGCAGCAGCGCUGGUGCAGCCUCAGGCGUGACUUUCACGCAGAAGCCGGACGCGGCACAGACGGAUCGGUGGUGGUACACCCCUCAACACAGCCCUUCCUCCUUUCACGUUAUUCAAGCAAUGCACAACUACCUCAAGGAUAGCCGCAACAGCCUCGUGAUCGAUCUACUAGAGGAGUGGGUGCUCCUCGAGUACGCUGCGGCAGAGCGAGCACGAAUGGAGUGGUAUGAGUCCGUGUACGCAUCGUCGAGGGAGCAAGAGUGUUCUCAGCAAUUGCCUCAUUUCUCGCUUUCCCACAGCGCGAGCAGCGGCAGCACCAGCAACGCCAUGCACCCUAGUUAUCCUAAUCAGCGCCACGCAGGCACCACCGGCGGCAGCCGUAGCGGCAAGCCGAGUACCGCAAUGCUCGCUGGUCGUUAUGUGCUCCUACGCCUGCUUCUUCCUCGCGCCAUCACGCCACUGGUCACCGUGCAAAAUGAGCGGCGCAUCGGUUCCGGCGGCUAUGGCUUCGUCACGUCCGGCUUCGUGCAGGAGUUUGGCCCGGGCUGCAACAUGCAGUUGCCUCCAGGAUGGGGUCAGUGUGGGUCUCGCUGGAAGCCAGCAGAGACACGCGGAAGCGCAGCAGCUAGCGGUUCUGGCGCUGGCGGUGGUGUUGCCACGCCUAGCAGUCUCUGCACAGGGCGGUCGUUUGCGACAACGGCCGAGAGGGUUGCACCCGGUGUCUUGGAUGGCUUGCGUGUGCCAUGGCGCACGGCGGUGCAGCGUAUUGCGCAGGCAGUCUGCAGAUGUGAGGUGGCCAUUAAACACGUCCCCCUCAAUGUUCAGGGAAGCGAGAGUGGAAACCUGCCGCUCUGUCACGCGGAGGUGCUCGCUAUGUACCGCCUGCGCGGUCACCCGCACAUCAUUCCGCUCCUCUCCUUCGACAACACCAAGGACGAGUACAUCCUUGUCCUUCCGUACUACACCCAAGGAUCGCUGCGGCUGUGGCGGCAGAAGCACUAUCCCUUGGGGUGCGCCGUGUUCACGCUUCCGCCGGGGAUGAAGAACUCGCGCAGGAGCGGGUCAACGUCGACAACGUCGCCCACCAGAGCUUCCAGUACACCCACGCCAGGCGCUGCGCCAAGUACCUCACUCUUCGCGACGUGCGCGCGCUGCCUCCUUCAGGUGCUCAAGGCAGUUGCCUUCAUGCACGACCACCACAUUCGUCACGGCGACAUCAAAUGUGACAACAUCCUCAUCGCCUCUGCUGACGCCAGUGCUGAGCGGGGUGAAAUGGACCCGCCGACGCUGCCGUCCUCUGUGCAGCUGUGCGACUUUGGCUCCUGCGACACGUGCGAUGACGACGAUAUGCAAAACCUGAAGCACGACAUCAUGGCAGGCGAGGCCCGAUUCUUGGCUGGUCGGUGGGGCGUCGGCCGAGGCACAGAGGCGAUUCAGCCGCCUGAGCUCAUGUCAGCAAAGCGGCGCUAUGGACUACUACGCCGCAUAAUGAAAGCCGUCGCACCUGCUGCGACGGCGACCCCGGCCACCUCCUCGUACUUUGCGCUAUCCGAGCGGACGGACCGCGGCGCCAACACUGGAGGCUUUACCGGUGCAUCAGCCGAGAACCUGCCCCUCCGAGGCCGUGGAGGGGAGGUGAUGGAGCCGGCGGGGCGCCAAGUGACGGAGCUGCUGCGGCGGGCGGAGCUCUCGGUGGACAUCUGGGCCUGCGGCUGCUUGCUGUACGAGAUGCUUACGGGCCGCAUGCUUUUUGGGGAGGCCCGACUGGGACGGCUGCUCGUUCUCGCCGCUGUCGACGAUGGCGAGGAACAAGGCCCCAAGGCGGCAACCUCAAAAGCAAACGCCGCAGCAGCGACUCUGCCCGCCUUGCAUUUUCCUCUACAAAAGGUCGCGACGGCGGCCAAGGCCAGCGUUGGUGGCGAUGCUGACUUGAGCUUUACGCCGUCGGUUUCGCGGAAGGCACUUGACGACUGGGAGUGGCGCGAUCUUGAGGCGGCUGUGGGGAAGCGCGUGGUGGACUUUAUGUCCAGCCUGCUUGACCUAGAGCCUCUGCAGCGGCCAAGCGCAUACGAGGCGCUGAAUUACUGGAAGGCGAUAAUGGUGGAAGCGGGGCUCGAAGUUUAA